ACACUUCAAAAAUUGGCGGGUGCAUGUGUGUUUUAUAAAAUUAUGCGAAUGGUUAUGUAUAUUUUGUAAUAAGUUUGUGACAACUGAAUAAUGGACAAUUCUGUAAAUAACUGUUUAGAAGAACGCCUUCAACAGCUCUCUAAACUAGUUUUAAAUACCCCUUUGAGUAGUGAAAACACGUCGAAGCUUGAUUUUUUAAAUUUACUUGAUGCAUUUUUAGUUUUAUAUGAUGAAUGUGAAAGGACUGAGAGAAGACAUGAGAAACACAUAACAAAUUUUUUAAAUUCAUACGCCACACUUGUGUCUGAUCUUCGUGGAUUACCAGUAAGUGCAGCGGACUUUCAGGAGGUUCAGAAGUUUGGUAGUGGGCGUUUUGGAGAUGUUAGUGUCGUUAAAGAGAUAGGAACUGAAAGACAUUAUGCACUUAAAGUAAUGAGGAAAAAUGAUGCUCUCCAGCAACCAGAUAUUAUGUGUUUUAGAGAGGAGAGGGACAUAAUGGUUCAGUCUUCAUCACCCUGGUUGUCCUCUUUAUAUUAUGCUUUUCAGGACUCUGAUAAUCUGUACCUAGCAAUGGAAUUUUACCAAGGAGGUAGUUUAUCUGAUCUUAUAUACUACUUCAAUGGUAGGUUGAAAGAACAAAUGGCAAAAUUUUAUCUUGCUGAACUUUUGCUGGCUUUAAGGAGUUUGCAUAAAAUGGGCUAUGUCCAUCGUGAUGUUAAGCCGGAUAAUAUUCUCUUAAACAGUGGGGGACAUGUCAAACUUUCAGAUUUUGGUUCAGCUGCUAAAUUGAACUCUGAUGGCCAUGUAAUGAACUGUGUUUCUGUUGGGACUGCAGAAUACAUAGCUCCUGAAGUUAUAAAUGCUGUGGAAGGUGUUGGAUGCUCUUUUCAAGAAAAUCAUUAUGGUAUUGAAUGUGAUUAUUGGUCGUUUGGCAUUGUCGCCUUUGAACUUGUCACGGGCUUUACACCAUUCACUGGUGAAAAUGAUAUGCAAACCCACAGAAAAAUUUUAUGCCAUUAUAAGUAUUUCAUGUUUCCAAAGGACAUAGAACUUAGUGUUGAAAUUACAGGUCUCAUAUCUAGACUAGUCACAAAUGCAGCUUUUAGAAUUGGUGGUGAAGAAUUGCUUGAACAUCUAUUUUUUAGUGGAAUUGAUUGGGAAACUCAAAUUUAUAGUCACCCACCUUACAUUCCAACAGUAAUCAAUCCCACUGACACUUCCAAUUUUCACAAGACUGUGAGUAAUUAUAAACCUCUUCCUGCUACAAAUAGUUUGAAAAAGCUCAAACCUUUCAGUAAUGUGCCUUUCGUGGGUUUCACAUUUUCUAGGUCAUUUGUUGGAACAACUGUUAGCAGCUUAAGUGAUUUUUCUCUGCAGUGUAAAAUUACAGAAAUACAGGAUGGUAUUCAUGACCUUGACAUACAGUCCAGAGCUGUGGAAAAAUGGCAUUUGAAAUAUAUGUCUGAGAAGAGAGAAUUAGUACGAAGAUUGAAACACACUCAAGAAAUGUGUGCUCUAACUGAACAGUUAGCAGUGAGUUUUGUUUAUAAUGCGCGUUCCAUGUGGGAAAAGCAAUAUCAGGUUGAAAAGGAUGAAAUGACUACCAGAGUUGAGCAGUUGGAGCAAGAGAUAAAAGAUAAGUGUACGGAGUCAGCUCAUAAUAUUACUAACAGAAGUUUGAAACAACAAUCAAGAACUGUUGAAUCUGAAGAUGAUUUUAUGGGUACUGUUUGUGAAACUGUGAAAGUUAAAUUGAUUGAAGAAAAAGGCACUCAGGUAGAUACAGUUAUGUCAGAGUUAGACUGUGUAAAAGCAGAACUGGCAAAGGUAAAUUUUGAGAAAGAAGCUAAGGAAACAGAGUUGUUUCACUUGAAAGAAAAUGUGGAAAAACUGAAAAGUUCACUUGUUCUCGAGAAGGACAAAACUGAGUGUUUGAAGCAGGAGUUAGAGCUUUAUCACAAUCGCAAGUUGGCUUUUACGAGGGAUGAGUACAGCAGACUUGUUGAUUCCAUCAUAAAAUUGCAGCAAGAAUUUGAAAACUCAUCAAGUGGUCAGACACUGACAAGCCAACCACAAGCCUGUGAUAGCAAACAUACUGAAAUGGAGCUCUCGAGAGAAGACAUGGUGGAAGCCGUGAGCCAAAUAGCAAACAAAGUCAGGCUCAUGAAUAAAGUUGACGCAGUCGAGAAACGUAGCACAGUCGACGUAGAAGUCAAUACGGAACGUGCCCUCUCUCUCCACAGAGCUGUUCAGACAGAAGAGGCAGUGGUGGAUCCUGUGUUGCUGGAGAUGCGGUCUGAGUACCAGCGCCUGGAGAAGGAAGCUGCGAGGGAUCGGGCCGAGCUGUGCAGCACUCGGGCCGGCCUGAGAGCGGAGAUGAGGGGCUUGCUGGACACCAGCCGAGAGCACGCGAGGGCCAUCGAGAAACUGAGAGACGAAGAGCAGGUUUGCGCAGAGGAGCUGGAGAGCUUCAAGAAGAUGUUCCUGGACAAGAACUCGGAGGCGCACGGUCUGAGGAAACAGCUGGAAGGGCUAGAGCGGGAGCUGCAGGAGGCGGUGGGAGAGGCAGGCGUAGAGCGUGGCGCGCUGGUGCGCUCCCUGGGCCACAUGCUGCGGCAGCUGCAGGCUGACAACCGUGACCUGCGGGCGGCCAACCAGGCCCUGGAGAGGGCGUCGGCCGACCUCGAGGACCAGGUGGACCAGUACCACGACAUGGUGACCCAGCUGCAGUCCCGGCUGCUGUCUCGCGACCCGUCCCGGGACAGCUGAGCCCACGCCAUCUCUCUAACUACCUCCGGCUUUCAGCUCUCUUUGCUUACCACUUCACUUACAUCAUGCGUCAACUAAUUUAUUUAUAUUUAUAUUAAUAUUGUCAUUCAUAUCUCCUCAGCUUUGUGAAUAACCUAGUUUUAAGUCUGUGCAUCCAUUUAUAAAGAUGUAUUUUUGAAGUAUUUUAGUUCUUUGUUCCUAAGGUAAUUCUUGCAUUUAGAAAAAUAUUAAUUUAUAUUCAGGUUUUUUUGAGCGAGCUCGAAGUAAGUUCCGUGUAUUAAGUAGUGCUUUUAGAGUAUCUGUGUAUGUGAAUUUUUUUAGUGUUUUGAGUAUGAAUAGUUCAUAUUUACAAUUUGCAAGUACAUAGGUAACUGCAAGUUCUUUGCUGCUGCUGGCCAUCUUGUUAUGCAAUAUUUUCUGUCUAAAAAACUUAAUUUUUUGGAUGUACUGCUGAUGAAGUAAGUCAUGUGUUAUGUUGUUUGUUUGCUUGCAUUCAGACAUUUUGGGUUUGGUAAUUGAGUGAGAGUAAAUUUUAAUCAGUGGUUAGAAAUUAGAAAAUGGUGUUGGUGUUCUGUGACCAUGGUCCAUUGUUCUUAGCUUGCUGCAGUUUUGUGUUACUUAGGUAAUAGAAAAUUGAGACUAACAUCAAAUACUCAAUAUUUAAGAAUUUUUUUAAUGUUUAAAAUAAAUAUUUCUUAGUUAUUAACAUGGGCCUAAAGUGACAUAACCUGAUCUUCAAACCAACUCUGACUUGGCACUCAUAAUUUUGGAUCUUUCUGGAGGCUGGAAUCAAAAUUUAAAACUUGUCAUAUGAGCAGAAUGUGUUGGGAUCAGACACCGAGGAACUUCUUAUUGGCAUUUUUUUUAUGAAUUAAUAUGAUACCUAAUAGAAGUAAACAAAUUUUGCAGUUUAAAAAAAAUUAUAAUGACUUUAAUUAAUUGGAAAACUAUAAUGUUAAAUGUAUAAUA